AUGUCUUGGAGGGUAGAAGAUGUGUAUUCCAAUCGCUCUGUUAUGCUUACCGGAUCGACCGGAUUCCUAGGAAAGGUUCUCGUUGAAAAACUGCUAUGGUCCGUACCUAGUAUUGGUCAAAUAUUUCUGCUCAUUCGUCCAGCGAAGGGCAUGUCACCGAAGGAACGGUUCGAUAAGGUUUUGCAGGAUCCUCUAUUUGAUCGAGUCCGUAAAAAGGCCCCUGAUCGGUUCAACAAGCUAGUGCCAGUUUCUGGUGAUCUUAUGGAGGACAAUCUUGGGCUGAAUCAACACGACAUGCAGAAAAUAUGCGAUCAGGUCAGUAUUGUUAUACAUAGCGCAGCCAUAGUAAAGUUCGACGAGGAGCUCAGAAUUGCUGUGGAAAUGAACGUCGUUGGAACAACGAGGCUUAUUGCACUGUGCCAUAAAAUGAAAAAGCUAAUGGUCAUUGUUCAUGUUUCCACAGCGUACGCUAAUUGUGACCGCGUCGAAACAGAAGAGAAGGUUUACGACCCUCCAGUGGUUCCACAGAAACUUCUUGAGGCUAUUCAAUGGAUGGACAAUGAUAUGAUCGCUUUGACACAACUUGUCGAGGACGCGAAACACCUUCCAGUGAUCAUUAUUCGACCAUCCAUUGUGGGAGCUAUGUGGAAGGACCCCCUACCAGGGUGGACGGACAAUAUCAACGGACCUACUGGCAUCUUUGCCGCGGUUGGCAAAGGAGUACUCACUAACAUGUGUGGAAGUAUCAGUUCAAAAGCUGACAUAAUACCAGUGGACAUCGUUGCCAAUAUGAUCAUUGUUGCAGCAGCGCACAGAGCCACAAACGUUUACGAUGACAUUCCUGUUAUGCAUUGUGCUUCUGGCGACCUCAAUCCGUUGAAGUGGGAAAAAGUCGUAAAUUUCCUUGAACAAUUUUACCAUGAAUACCCUAUGGAGCAAUGCUUUGCAAUACCGUCCACAAGGUUCCACUCGAGCCGAAAAAUGUUCGAGCUCAACUACUACAUAAAACAUCACAUUCCAGCAAAUGCAGUGGAUUUCAUAAACGGGUUGAUUGGCCGAAAAAAAAAGAAUGUACGACUAUACUCGAGGGUGUGGCGAAUGGUUGAAACUCUGCAUUAUUUCACAACACAUGGAUGGACAUUCCAUUCGAAGAAUUUGCCAAAGCUUUGGGAGGCACUAAGUGUCGAAGACCAACAGGCAUGUAAUGUACCUUUUUCUGAAAUAAAACCAAAAGAAAAUAGCCUUACGAAGCCACAUUGUUAG